AUGGUUCAAAAGGCUCCGUGCCUUUUUGGAUCUGCAAUCGUUGUGGGAUUGAUCUUUGCAAUCUGUGGAAUUCUAUUACUCAUCGGAAUUCCAAUCGAUCGAAUUGUAAAUGAACAAGUCCUCAAGCAGGAUUUCCUCGGUUACACAAAAGACGAAAAUGGAACAGAAAUCCCAAACUCCAUGACAAAAACGUGGCUGAAACCGCAAUAUAAAAUGCAACUCAAUGUUUGGAUGUUUAAUGUGACAAAUGUCAAUGGAAUUCUUCAACGGCACGAGAAACCGAAUCUUCAACAAAUUGGUCCAUUCGUUUUUGAGUGAGGAAAUUCUUAUAUUUGUUUGAAAAACAUCGAUUAUUUUCAGCGAGAUCCAAGAGAAAAUCUAUCAUCGAUUUGCUGAAAAUGACACCCGAAUUUUCUACAAAAAUAAAAAAUUAUAUUUUUUCAAUCAAAACGCUUCGUGUUCCGGUUGUAUUUUGGAGAAAAAAGUGACCAUUCCGAGUAUUAUUUUCCAGGUAAAAAUGAAUUCCGAGAGAAGUACACAUAAAAAUCAAUUGUGUGUGCGAUAGAGCGAAUUUGAUUAUUUUUCUGUGGAAUUUGAAACUCUCAUCGUAUAAUGAAAUGUUUUUAGAAACUCAUUGAUACGGCUGAAAUCAAUAUUGGAUCACGAUUUGCGGUUGAAGCUGUUUUGAAGUUUGUUGAUGAGGCUCCAUAUAUCACUGUUUCAAUUCGAGAUGCAUUAUUUGAAGGUUAUGAAGAUCCACUCAUUGAUUUGAUCUGCAAUAACAAAAUUUUGGGAAAAAUUUUAUGUGAAUCAAAUCUUCUUCAAAGAAAAAUCGGAUUCUUCUACGGUGUAAAUAUCUAUUUAUUUUAUUUUAUUUUAUUUUAAUUCAAAACUAGAUUAUCGAUUUUUUCCAGCAAAAUGGCACAACUGAUGGUUUAUAUGAAGUUGAUACUGGAAUCCCUUCACCAAUGAACAUCGGAAAAUUAUAUUCAUGGAAUAAUCUGACAAAAAUGUCCAACAAAACGUGGGACAGCGAAUAUGCUCGAAUGAUAAAUGGAACCGAUGGCCAGCUUUUCGCACCAAUGAUGAAACGAGAAAACAGGAUUACGAUUUUUUGUGCCGCAGCUCUGUAGAUCAAUACAAAUGGAAUAUUCGAAAGAUGUUGCGGUUUCGGGAGUUCCUUCGUGGAGAUUUAUUCCACCGGCUGAUUUGUAUGACCCGAAAAUUCCGAAGAAUCGAGAAUUUUGUAAUGCGAAAGGAACACCAAGAUUUUUCGAGAAUACAACAAUCCAGAUUGGUGAGUAAAUAUUAUUUCUAAUUUUUCAAAAAAAAAAUAUUUUUCAGAAAAUUGCCUCCCUGCUGGAAUCAUUGACUUAAGUAGAUGUCAAGCUGGCUCCCCGCGGGUUUAUCUAUCUCAGCCGCAUUUCUACAACUCACCGAAGGAAUUAUGGUAUUCGGUGACUGGUUUAGAUAUUCCAUCAGCUUCUAAUGAUAAUACAUUUGUGGAUUUGGAGCCGGUUUCUGGAGUUCCAACUCAAGCAAAGAGAAUUAUGCAAAUCAAUAUUGGAAUGGUCAAAGGAAAUGUGGCGUGAGUUUUCUGAAGCCUGAAGCCUGCGCCUAACCAAAAUUAUGUUUUUCAGAAUUGUCAAAAACACAUCGAAUGUGAUUGUCCCAGUUUUAUGGAUGAAUGAAACUGCAUAUUUCGAUGAGGGAACUCGCGAUCAACUUAUUGGUAUCUUUAAUGCAAAACAUUUCUCAUUUAUUGGUGGAAUAAUCAGCUUAUCAUUGGGUCUUAUCGGUUGGCUCGCCGUGUUUGUUGUUAUCUUUGUUUAUUCGGUAAACUUAGCAAUGACAUCUAGAUUUCCAUUUGAAAAUUUUUCAGAGACAAUCAGAUGAUGAUGAAUACGGUAGAUUGGUUCUCGAUGAAGAGGAACAGGGAGAAAAUAACGAGGCUGCUAACGAUUUACUGGUUAAUGUAUAA